AUGUCUAGAACAAGUAUGUCUUUCCUCCUUGUUUUGACAGUUUCACUGCUCGCCCACCACACCACCGCAGCGUCCUGCAACAGUGAAGAUGAAAAGGCAUUGCUGGCUUUCAAGGACGCCGACCAAGAUCGAAGCAAGCUACUUACCACUUGGAGCCCGCAAUCCAGUUGCUGCGAGUGGUCUGGUAUCAAAUGCGAUGGAGCUAGCGGCCGGGUGAGCGAGCUCAAGCUGGAGUCCCUGGGAUUAACAGGUACGCUGUCUCCGGAGCUGGGAAGCCUCUCCCACCUCCGUACGCUCAACGUCCACGGCAAUAGCAUGGACGGUCCGAUACCUUCCACCUUUGGUAAGCUACUUCGGCUGGAGGUUCUCGACUUGGGCACCAACUUCUUCUCCGGAGCACUGCCAGCGUCGCUUGCUCAGCUCGCAUCCACGCUGCAAACGCUGGAUCUGUCAGGUUACAGAUUCGAAGGACCGUUUCCAUCGGUUAUUGGAAAACUUACCAGCUUGAGGAAGCUCAUCCUGGAAAGAGCUGAUGCGUCUGCCGGCAGCAUUCCUUCGUUCCUCGCCAGCCUCGAGAAUCUCACCAUCUUAAAUCUCCAAGGAAGCUGGUUCACGGGCUCCAUUCCUUCGUCCUUGAGUAAACUCAAAAAUCUUCAAACGCUCGAUCUCUCGGACGGCCUCCGGCUCACAGGGUCCAUACCGGCGUUUCUCGGCGGCCUUCAAAACCUGGAGUAUCUCGACUUGAGUGGUACCAAGUUUUCUGGUUCCAUUCCUCCAUCUCUCGGCAACCUCCCCAAGCUGCGUUUCCUGGACAUCUCCAACACGCUC